AUGGAUGCCGACAUAGAAUUUUCAAAUAAUGAGUGUGAUGAGAUAGGAAUUGAUAAGGAGAUUGGAGGUGAUGAAACUAUUGAAGAACAUACUAUUGGAAUGCAAUUUUCAUCUACAGAAGAAGUGCAUGCUUACUAUAUGAAGUAUGGUAAGAAGAAUGAGUUUGGGGUAUCUAAAAGAAAUAUUAGACAGGAUGACGAUGAGACGGUAAGAUGGUUUUGCUUGGCAUGUGCACGAGGAGGCACAUCGAAGAGUACAGUUGCCAACAUUAUGAAACCAAGACAAACAGUAAAGAUGGAGUGUAAGACUAGGAUUAAUGCGGUAUUAAAUGUUAAAGGUGGAUAUACUAUAUCUAAAGUGAUAUUGGAUCACACACACGCCUGUAGCCCGGGUAAGGCAAGACAUUUUAGAUGUUUUAAGAAUGUUGAUGGUUGUAUCGCUAAGAGACUUGAAAUAAAUGACGAGACAGGAAUAAGAUUGUCCAAAAAUUUCAAGUAUGUGGUUGUUGAGGCAGGGGAUUAUGAGAAUGUAACAUUCGGGGAGGAGUGUCAAAACUACAUUGACAAAGCACAACGACUUCGCCUCGAGGUUGGAGGUGGUGUAGCUCUAUGUAACUAUUUCGAAAAUAUGCAAAAAGGAAAUCCGGAAUUUUAUUAUAAGAUUGACGUUGACAAUGAGAUGCGGCUAAAGAAUGUGUUUUGGGCAGACGCACGGAGUGGAGUUGUGUAUGAAUCAUUCGGGGAUGUGAUUACAUUUGAUACAACAUAUCUGACUAAUGCGUAUAAAAUGCCUUUUGUUCCGUUUGUGGGUGUGAACCACCAUGGGCAGUCAAUUCUACUCGGGUGCGGAUUGAUAUCCAGUGAUGAUACAGAUACAUUCGAGUGGUUAUUUGAGUCAUGGUUGCAGUGUAUGAAUAACCAAUCGCCAAAUGUAAUCAUCACAGAUCAAGACAAUGCCAUGAAAAUUGCAAUCUCGAGGGUGUUUCAACUUCUAGACAUCGCUUCUACUUGUGGCAUAUAA